AUUUGAUGACACCACGUGACAAAGACACAGGAAGUGGGUGUUCAGGACCCUCUUCCUUAGAUCCUCUUCAUCUAGCGGAGCACUUGGAGCUGUUUCGGAACAUCUUUCCCGUGUAGAACUAGAACCAUGUCGGCCCGAAAUCUGGGAACGUCCCUGGACUUGGAUCUGAUCUCCAGAGUGAGGGUGAACACCCAGGCUGUCCUGAGGAGAGCUCAGAAGAUUGAAGGACAGAAGAUCCCAAAGAAACAAUGGCAGACGGCAUGGCUGCUGAAGGCUGUCACAUGCAUCGACCUGACCACUCUGGCUGGAGAUGAUACUCCCUCCAACGUGCAUCGGCUCUGUCUGAAAGCCAUCCAGCCGGUUCGAUACGACCUGCUGAAGCAGCUGAACAUGCACGACAAAGGAAUAACAACGGCGGCGGUGUGUGUGUAUCCGUCUCGUGUGGUUGACGCAGUCAGGUCUCUGAAAUCAGCCAACUCCAGCCUCCCUGUGGCCUCAGUGGCUACAGGCUUCCCGGCUGGUCAGACGCCCCUGGAGACCCGGCUGCAGGAAGUCCCCAUGGCGGUGAGUUCCGGCGCCACAGAGAUCGAUAUUGUCAUCAACAGGACGCUGGCUCUCACCGGACAGUGGGAAGCCAUGUACGAUGAGAUUCGGCAGUUUCGUACGGCCUGUGGCGACGCCCACAUGAAGACCAUCCUGGCCAUCGGAGAGCUGGGAACCUUCACCAACGUCUACAAAGCCAGUAUGGUUGCCAUGAUGGCCGGUUCAGACUUCAUCAAGACAUCCACGGGAAAGGAGGCUGUCAAUGCUACCUAUCCUGUUGCCAUAGUGAUGGUGAGAGCCAUCAGGGACUACUACCUGUGUACAGGCCAGAAGGUGGGCUUUAAACCAGCAGGAGGGAUCCGGACGGCUCAGGAGUCUCUGGUAUGGUUAAAUCUGAUCCAAGAAGAGCUUGGCACUGAUUGGCUCUGCCCUCACCUGUUCCGUCUGGGAGCCAGCAGCCUAUUGUCUGACAUCGAGAGGCAGAUCUACCAUCAGGUGACCGGACAGUACGCAGCCUAUCACGAGCUUCCCAUGGCCUGAAGUCAUGGUUCACCUUCUGUAACAACCAGUCAGAGCCUCAGAAACACCACACAGCCUCAGUCAGGGAAGGAAGGACACCGGCACACCUGUUAAAGCUGUCUCAGUGUUGACGGACAGAAUAACGGCUGAUCCGGUGUUCAGAAGCCAUGAUGAAGGAGUCAUUUAUUGUUAUGCAGUUUCUUUACUGAGAUAAAUACAAUAACCAAGUUAUACUGAUGGCCAGGUGAUGUACUCAUGAAUAAAACCAGACUGGAACCUC